AUGUCACGCAUAAAGGAACUUCCUGAUGACUUUGAUGAAAGCGUCAAUCUCGACGACGCGCCGAGUGCGCCCUCAAUGCAGGACCUCUACAACAAACACAUCUCAGGGCCUCAGCAGAAUAUGAUAUCCGACAAAAGCUUUGAGGAAAUUGUGCAAGACAUGAGUAAAACUCCUCUUUUCAUGAACAGUCUCGACGAAGCAGUCGACGAGAAUGGUGAAAAUGUCAUGAUAGAGGCCAUCAAGGCUCUUCAGUACGAGGGCACCAAAUCGGAAAUCGCCCAGGGUUUCAAAGAGCGGGGGAACGAAAUGGUCGCCGAAAAGAAUUGGAGAGACGCCAAAGAAUUUUACACCAAGGGCAUUGCCGUGUUGGUCGACAAGACCGAAGACAAGUGGGACAAGGCUGAGGACGCGGACGAGGAGCAAAAACAAUGUGUCAUUCUUGAGGAGCAGCUCUAUGUGAAUCGAGCAUAUUGUAAUCUGAAGCUGAAAAACUACCGGUCAACCACGGUCGACGGUGCGGCCGCCCUGCGCAUCAACCCGUCGAAUAUUAAGGCACAUUACCGAUCCGCCUCCGCUCUGUUCGCCCUGGACAAAGUGAUGGAAGCCCUCGAUGUGGCCUCCCGCGGUGUCAAACUCGACCCCGGCAAUGCCGCGCUCCAGAAGUUGUUGGGGCAGAUUCGGGCCAGAGCAAAGACGAAAGAAGCCCAAGACCGACGUCGACUGGCAGAGCAGAGGAGAAAACAGCAGGAGAAGGCGGUGUUGGAUGCCACCCUCAAGGCACGGAAAAUCCGGGUUCGAAUGUCAAACGAGCCUCCGAACCUGGAAGACGCGACAAUUCGAUUGUCACCAGAUCCUCUAUCGCCAACGAGCCUGCUAGAAUUCCCCGUCAUGCUUCUUUACCCAAUGCACAACCAAUCAGACUUCAUCAAGGCCUGGGCAGAGAAGGAUGCCAUCACUCAUCACCUGAGCUACAUCCUGCCCUUGCCGUGGGACGACAAGAAUGAAUACACGCAGUCCACGGUGGAUUGCUAUAUGGAUACGAUCAGUGGCGGCCUGAUGAAGAUCGGCAAGAAAUUGACCCUGCUGGAGGCGCUGUCGAACGGCAAGAGUGAGGUGGUAGAUGGGCUGGUGAGGAUAUACGUGGUACCGAUGUCAUUGGCACCGCAAUGGAUAGAGGAAAUGAAGCGGAAAAAGGGCCAAUCGAAGUAA